GAUAUCCUAUUACAAGCCUAGCAUAAAGUAAAACAUUUAAUAUUCAUUCAAGACAAAGCUGGGUCUAAAUAAGAUCUGAAGAAGAAAAGGAGCCAUAUGACUCAAGUUCUUGACUUUAGUGCCUCAAUUUUCUUUGUAGUUUGAAAUCUCUCCCCCCUUUUCACUUCUCCCCUCAAUAAUUUCUCAAGAAAAGCCAGAGUCACCCAACACUUCACAAUGACUGCUAAGAUCUUCUUGCUGAUUCUCCUCUUUGCAGCACACCCUCAUCCUUAUGCACUUGUGAAUGGAGAUACCACUUUGAUCAAAACAACUUGCAAGAACACCAAGUACUACAGUCUCUGCUUCUCUUCCCUGAAAUCAGAUCCUAGCAGCCCAAAUGCAGAUCCUAAAGGCCUAGCUGUGAUCAUGGUUGGGAUUGGAAUGACAAAUGCAACCUCCACUUCUUCUUACCUCUCUUCUAAGUUGCUAAGUCCUUCCAACAACACUACCUUGAAAAGGGUCCUCAAGGAGUGUGCAGAUAAGUACACCUAUGCUGGUGAUGCCCUCCAAGCUUCGGUGCAGGACUUGGAAACUGAGGUGUAUGACUAUGCUUACAUGCACAUCACUGCUGCCAAAGAUUACCCAAAUGCUUGUCACAAUGCAUUCAAAAGAUAUUCUGAUUUGGUUUAUCCUCCUGAGCUUGCUCUUAGAGAAAAAGGUUUGAGGCAUAUCUGUGAUGUGGCAUUGGGGAUCAUUGAUAAUCUCAAUUGGUAGGACUUACGAGCAUUUAUUUGUGUAUAAAUUCAACUUUGUUAUGCAAACCAUAUUCUCUGGUGUGUUAGUUUUUCUACCAUAUAUAUCAUUUUAUGUUCUAAGGAAUAAUUCAUACUUGUGCGCAUGCUCUUCAGAGUAACUAAUUAUUCAGACAUAUUCAACUUCAGUUUAUCCAA